GGUGCGUUUGAAGGCGGAUGGGAGGCGGAGGAGUGUGUCCAAUGGCGCGGCUGAGGAGGCGGUGUACGAUGACAGAGAGAGGCGGGCUGCAGCAGCCAGCUGUUGGAAAGCAGCGCUCCUGAACCAUCCGCUACUUGUGCACCAGCUGCGACUUUUCCUGUUUGUUUGUUUGUCUGGUGUCGAGCCGGCGCGUGAAACUCAGACAGAAGGAGAUCGAGAGCAGGUGUCCAAGUGUCAGACAGCAGAAAAAAUGGGACGGAAGAAAAUACAAAUUUCUCGUAUUCUGGACCAGAGGAACAGACAGGUGACUUUCACCAAGCGUAAGUUUGGCCUGAUGAAGAAGGCGUAUGAGCUGAGCGUGCUGUGUGACUGCGAGAUCGCCCUCAUCAUCUUCAACAGCACCAACCGUCUGUUCCAGUACGCCAGCACAGACAUGGACAAAGUGCUGCUCAAGUACACCGAGUACAGCGAGCCACACGAGAGUCGCACCAACACCGACAUACUGGAGACCCUGCGUAGGAAAGGCCUCGGUCUCGACGGCUCAGAGCUCGACAGCGAGGAGAGCAUGCAGGUGGCUGCAGACAAAUAUCCUCUGAGCGAGGGCAUGGAUCUUUCUGUGGCUCGCCAACGCUUCUAUGGCCCAUCCCUCCUCUCACCUGAGGCCCAGUUCCUGGUGUCUGCAGGCUGUGAGAACGGUUUCCCCAACUCCUCUGGAUCCAGCACGGCCUCCCACAGACCUCCGGGCUUCAAAUCUCUGAGCUCCAGACCUGGCUCUGCCAGCCCUGCUGCGCCACAUGCACACACUGCGUUCAUGUCUCCACACUCAGGUAUCGGCUACUCUAUGUUCUCACAUGGUAACUUGAAUCGAGCUCUGGACAUGAAAAGCCCACCUCCUCUGAACCUGGGCAGUGAGAACCUGCGGGGGGAGGCCGCUAAUCAGGGCAUGGGAGCCACACGUGCUAACCACAGCUCUGCUAGGGGGGUUUUGUACCAGGGUCUGCACAGCAGCAGCUCCAUGGUAGCCAUGGGGAAGGCAGGGCUGCUGGGUCACAGUUUGGGCGGCUAUGGCCUCCCCUCUCCUGGAGCCUCUGAGUACAGCCAGCCUGGUUUUUAUCACUCUGUUAGUCUACAGCGAGGAGCAGUGAACCCCUGGCAGCCAGCACAGCCGCCUCAGGAGCCCCAUGGGCCUCAUAUAGGCCCAGGGAUGUCCAGCGGAGGGUGCUCCUUCCCCUCCCAGUCCUGCUCCUCAACCUCUCCACAUCUGCCCUCCCUCAACCUCAGCAUCAAAUUGGAGCGGAGCUCUCCUGAGCACAUGUCCUCACCCACCUCCCCUCCUCUACACCACCUCAGGCAGCACUCUCCAAUGAGUAACCCCGACUCGGCUCGCCAAACCCCUCCAGAAGCCCGUCCGGCCAAUGAGGCGAAGGAGUUUCCCAAAGCUGGCUACCCACAAGACGAAGAGGAAGGAGGGCAGCCGCUCAGGCAGUUAGAGAUAAGUGAUGGGUGGCAGAGAUAGCUGGCUGCUGCAGUCUAACACCAUCUCCCAUUCAAUCAGCUAUCUUCCAUCGAAACCAGUCCUCUCUUACACACACACACACACACACACACACACACACACACACACACACAUAUAACACAGAAGAUAGCGAGAUGGGGUCGAUUUGUCCCCGUCAUCCCAGAGAGGAACGCCUCUCUUUGUCUCCUCACUCAGAGCUGGUCUCUCCUGGGCGAUGGAGAAUUUUCUCUGCAUCACUUGAUCGAUCCCACGAGGAGACAGAUGCAUACAGACAUUUGCUUUUUGUUUGGUUAGGUUUAGUUUUCUGUGUGGAGCAAAUGUGAAUCAAAAAAUACAAUUUGAAAUGUGUUCGUUUUGUUCCGUGACUUUGCUGAAGUUUAGCUACAGCAGCACAUCGGGACCAGCUGAAUUUCUCCAAAGCUGCAGACCAGUCUGAGUACAUAUCCGGCUUCAGGGGUCGUCAGUGUUCGACCCAGGUUUGAAAAAUACCUGUCAAACUACAUUUCACCAUCUUUGUAUAAAUGUCACAGUGAAAAGCAGACGGCAGAUGGAACAUGACUCAUCACAGCAGCCAGAAGGAACCACUUAGUCUCUGUGUACAGUAAACCUUCACACACCUUAUGGCCCUCUCGCUUUAUAAGCUUUAAUGUUUUAGCCUUUAGCCCAAAAUCACUGACAUGAUCUCCCCACAUGAAACCAGUUAGAUAUCACCCUUCACUGGAGCCUUGGCCUUCUCUGAAACACACUAGGACAUUUUAAAGGAUGAAUUCAAUUUUUUCCCCCCAAGAUUGUCUUUAAACAGUUCUCACGUGCCCAUAUGUGCACUGAAAUAUGUUUUUGUUCACUGUAACUGCUGCUCCUGUCCAUACUGAAAGUGACAAGAUAUCUUCAUCAUGAUAUUCUAAUAUAAGAAACAGAGAAUGAAAUCCACAGGGCUCCCUAAAAACACGGUAUUUCACCUUACAUCCUGGGUCACACAGAGCGAUGUGUCUGUGCCUGAUGCGCGCUCUCGUCUCAUGGGUUGUGUCCUCACUUUUUGGAUAGGAUAACACAACUGUAACAUAAAAUAGUUGUUUAUGAAAUCAAUCUUUGCCUUAACCCCAAGAUUAAACCUACAGGAGGCCUUACACAAAACUGUAACUUCAAACAGAGAUGAUUUUUAUGCCUCAGAGGUGUUAUGUUUUUGGGUUGUUCACCCAUAUGAUGUAUAAACAUCUGUCCAUACAUCUGUACAUCCGAGUCGUGUAAACAUGAUAUUUCUUUAAGAAUGCCUUGAGGAAAUUUCUUCAUAUUUGGCACAAACGUUCACUUGGACUAAACGAACUGAUUAGAUUUUGGUGGUCAAAGGUCAAGGUCACUGUGCCCUUGUGUACAUCCCAAUCUCGUGAACACGAUAUCUCAAAAACAACUUGAGCGAUUUUCUUCAGCUUUGGCACAAAUUCACAUGGACUCAGCAGUGAACUGAUUAGAAUUUGGUGGUCAAAGGUCAAAGGUCAAGGCAACUGUGACCUCUCUAAACAGGUUUUUGGCCAUAACUCAAGAAUUUGUACGCUAGUUAUGACAAAAUUUCACAUAAAUGUCUGAUAUAGGAUGAAAUAAUGAAGUGAUGACGUUUUAUAUCCAAAAGGUCAAAGGUCAGCCUCCCUGUGAGAUCCCCUGUGAGUGUUCUGCAAAAACUUUUUUUUUUUUUCUGGCCAUUAUUCAACAUCAUAUCUCAGCAACAGAAGGGGAGA